CUCGCUGCUGCUCUAGAGGCGCCCUGGUGUCAUGGACGCGAAGGAGAUCAUCGACCUGACGUGCGAGGAGGCGAGCACAGAGCCGGCGGCGCGCGGCAGCCUCGCCGUCAUCGACCUCACGGAGGAAGAUUCGUGCAGCCUGCCCGACGCUGCGGGUUGCGCUCACUGGGACCCCAGGCAAGCGCCUGCCUUCCAGACAGCCUUCCCGCCCAGCCCCGGUUUCCUCACCGGGCAGCAAAGGGAGGUGUCGGCGGAGCCAGGGCCUGCCGGGCCCUGCCCUGCGGGGCCUCUCUCCACGCUGGACGCAGCGGGAAGCACCGGGAGCGGCGGCGGCUCCCCCACCUGCAGCUGCGAAGGCUCCUCGUGCAGCCAUGGGCAGAACUGCAGCACCACCACUUUUAACAGUGACUUGGGCUCCCUGGCCAGCAUGCAGCUGGACUCGGACCAGCUCUCCCUGUCCCCCCCUAGCCUGGACAGCAGCUGGAGAGCCUCCAGCUCCCCAGUAGAGGAAGAGACUCUCUCCAUUUGCCAGGAAAGGGAGCUCCCGCCAAACCUGAGCCCCGCUCCAGCCAGCAUCCCGACAUCCCCAGUUCGAGCCGAAAUGCCUGUGCUGGAAGCAAGUGACGUGCUGUCACAAGCAGCAGCGCAGCAAAAGGCCCCAGCCAGGACCAGGCCGGACAGCAAGGCCUGGCUGAACAAACUGCAGUACUUCAGGAGGACUGGAGUGCAUCACCUCUUCUUCCAAGACCUAACGCCCAACAGGGAAACGCAGCAGAAACCCGAGCCCAUCCCCAGCAGCAAGAUGAGCAUGGUGCACACCACCAUCGAGGAGAACUUCCUCGAGGGCACCUUGCAUUUCCUGAGUGAGUUCGUCUCCUGCAAGCACUGCCCUUCUAAAGACAUUGUGUCCUACCUGGUCAGAGGGAUCCUGCUCAACUCCCACCGCGGGGAGAUCCUCAAGGACACCUACAUGCUGCUCAUGAAAAUCCAAAUGCUCCAUCCAGCCAGCACCGGCACAGUGGGAUGGGACUGGACGCUGCUGAAAUACACCAUGGAAGACGAGGAGAAACCUCCUGGCCGACUCCUAUUCCUGGAGUAUGUGGUGCAGACCCUGGAGGAUGAUUUGCAGCAGAACCUGAGGCUGCACCUCCUGCAGAAGUCGAUUGCCAAGAAAGUGCUUUCCUGUGACAUGUGCUUCAGCAAUGUCAAGGACGUGGUUGAAUGGCUGGUGGCAGCGGUGACGGGAGUCGGGUUCUGCCAGCCCCAGGAGCAGCCGCGAGGAACGACCAACUCCUCAGCAGAAGGCAAGGCUGAAUGCAGCUUGUCUGCAGCUUGGCCAGACUGCGCCGAAGAGGCAGAGGUGGCUCCGCCAGCCUUCUUCUCCCAGAAGGUGAUGCUGCUGCUCCAGCGGAUGCUGUCCAUUGCCGUGGAGGUGGACAGAUCUCCCAACUGCAGCUCCUGUAAAAUUGCAGAUGUGAUUUUCCCUUAUAUACUGAAUAUUCCUCUGAGGAGCCAAAGGGAAGCCUUCUUGAACACCAUGGACAGCCAGCUCCUGCGCUGCAAAGUGCUGGAGCUCAUGUUCCAGCACAGCUGUGAAGUGCCCACAAACAUGCCCUUGUCUUUGGCCAAGAUCCUUUAUUUCCUGAGCCACUCUGUGCUCCUCCAAUACCAGGAGGAAGGAGCAGUAUGUGAACGAUGGGAUGAAAUGCUGCAAUACUUGACGCUGCUGCUGCUGAGUUAUCAAAACGUUGUAUUGGGGCACUUACGGAGUGCGCUCAGCGAGCGGAUGGACUUAAUAAUUAAGAAAGCCAAGCCCAAGCUCCAGGAUGACGAUCACAUCACCCAGCUGGACAUUCACCUGAACAUGGAGAACUUCCUCAGCCGCUUGCAGCAGGUCUUGGGGGAGGAGCCCUUCCCCUUGCAGAUCAAGGAGAAAGUGCAGAUGCUCCAGGAGUUACUCCUCAUCGUCACUGCCACGUGAUGCAGACAAGCACUGGGACAGGGGGCUCUUUUACAAGCUAUGCAGUCAAAACCCUCAGUUUUCUGCUGCAACCUCAAGUGUCAUCCAUCACGCAGUUUUGUUUAUGCAUUUGUAUGAAAACAAACAAACAAAAAAACCCCACUUUCAUUUGCCCAAUCUCAGACCAUCCUUUCAAACUCAACUCUUGUCCUACAGUUCUACAAGGCACUUUGUACACUUUUAAAAAAUAAAUUAUUUUUGUAUUUGCUGAGA